CCCCCCCCCCCCGCGCCGCCGACCAAACUCACCCACGAGCUCCCGCGCGGGUUCAUGUCCAUCUCCCCUACAGAAUCCACCAGAGGAUCCCACCCGCCCGCUCCGCGCGCCUCGAACCCUAGCCCCAGCCCUCGCCAUGGCACCGCCUCUCGCCGCGGCAGUCGCUCUUCCCCUCGGGCCUCUGCCGCCGCGCCUGGCGUCGGCAGGGACGGCGCAAGCAACGACUCAGUGGGUUUUAUCGGACAAUCUGUUGAUACAUCCCAAGCGGUAGUUGGAUUUAGAAUAUCUGGUCAAGAGGAUGAUCCGUACGCCCAAGAGGUUAGUGAUGUUUCUGAAUGCCAGUCUUCUGGACAGGGGAGUUUGCGUCUCACAGUGCACAGUGGCGGCUCAGUUCAGGCAGAUGUUCAGAGACUUGAGUUGGUGGGGUCCCUAGAGAUUGACCAUAGUUCUGAUGGACUUCAGGGUAAUGGAGCUCUGAUGGCUUCUAGAAAGAAUCAGGCUGUGAAUGCAAAUUAUCUUCUGAAUUUCCAGUAUGAUCCUAUUUCUCGACCGCAGCCUCAUGGCCCUAGAACAUAUCCACCGAGAAGGCAAAGGAAGAUUAAGCCUUACAACAAGGACUUGUUCCUCCAAGCAAAUUUUAAGUUCGUUGUGUUGGAUACUGGAAAUUAUCAGAUUGAUUCAAUGGAUCCUGAUAAGAUGCUCCAGUGGGAAGAUAUCAUCUGUGUAAGAUAUUGUAGCCCUUCUGAGGUGCGAUGUCCAAUUUGUUUGGAAAGCCCGCUGUGCCCGCAGAUUACAUCAUGCGGUCAUAUCUAUUGCUUUCCAUGCAUUUUGCAUUAUUUACUAAUGGGUAAAGAGGAUUACAGAGGUGAGUGCUGGAAGAAGUGCCCACUGUGUUUCAUGAUGAUAUCUGCAAAAGAGUUGACCACCAUCUUUGUCACUCAACUUCAGCAUUUCCAUAUUGGCGACAAUGUGACCUUCGCACUUCUGGGGCGGUCAAAAAAUUCACUCACUCCUUUUCUUAGGAAUUCGCCUAGUGAAUAUUCUUCUUUAGAUGAAGAUCCUUGCAAUGUUUUCUCCAAGUUCAUUCUGACAUCUGAUGUUGCGCUCUCCGUUAGAGGGGCAAAAUCAGAUCUCAGUAAUUGGUUGCAGAUGGCUGACUUAGGCCUUGUUGAUGACUUGGAGAAACUUCCAUAUGUUUCUGCUGCUUUGGAGCAACUGGAAGAAAGGAUGAAAUACUGGUCUGAGUUCAGAUAUUACAGUAGCAGUCCUCUAAAAAAUAGCUCCUCUCCUAUCUCUAGUACCAAAUUGAAGAACUCUGAUAAUCCGAAAACUUCACAUACGAACAGUGGGCAUAAACUCUCCCCUCUUUCAGAUGGAGAUAUUAUUACCGGUGUUUCAGGGCUUUCUGUUUCACCCCUAUAUAUUAACUCCAAAAAGGGAGCGCCACAAAAAAUGGAAGAGAGACAUGCUGUUGCGGUUGAUUCAAAUGAACAAGACUCAUACACAUUUUACCAGGUGAUUGAUGGUCAGCACCUAAUUCUUCAUCCAUUGAACAUGAAAUGCCUUCUUAACCAUUUUGGAAAUUCUGAUAUGCUUCCACCAAGAGUGACUGGAAAAAUCUUGGAGUUGGAAACUAUAACACAGUCCGAGGCUUCAAGAAAACGCUACCGCUUCUUAAGCCACUUCUCAUUAACUACAACGUUCCAGUUCUGCGAAAUUGACCUGAGUGAUAUGCUACCUCCUAUCUCAUUGGCUCCAUUCAUGGAUGAAAUCAAAAGGCGCGAGAAACAAAGAAUGCAAACUGCCAAGAAGGAAGAAAAGGACAGGGUGAAGGCCGAAGUAGCUGCUGCUGCGCAGGAAUCUGCUAUGCGUUUUGAAUAUACAAAUUUCUCUCGUACUCAGAGCGAUGUUAUGUUCUCUCUCGAUGACUUUGAAGCUCUGGGAAAUAAUGCUGCUGGACCAUCAACGAGUCCACCGGCCGGUGAACGUAAACUUUUCUCCGAUGUUACACGGCUUGGUUUCGCGUCUGCGCAAGACUCGCCUCCUCUGAGAGCUGAAACUGGAGACGCCAAUAAUGAAAUCACAAGGGAUCAAGGGCCGGUAUCAGCGUCUUCCGUGUCCUUUGCCAGCAUCUUAUCUUCCACCAGAGCUGCUGCGGACAGCAGCGUCGAGACGCCUAAACCAAAUGGAGUCGGAAAGGCGGGCAAGAAGCGCACCAAGGUGCUCUUAUCGACCGGUGGUGGCCGCCGAUACUAGAGGAACGCUAUGCUGGAAAACAUUUUACCAUUUCCUUUAUAGCUCAUGAACAAUGUGUAUAGUGCAGAAGUUGGAUUUCUUAUUAUACUGUUAAAGGGGUGUUGGUGUUUGCACAUACCUAAUUUUAUUUUUGUGAUGCGAGUCCUCCCCUCCCCCCUUCUCCGCACGGAAAAAUAAUUACGCCCACACAUGCAGUACGAAACUAGGAAAAUCACCAAGUAUGGUAAAACAUCGUGGUAAUCGUUGUUUAUAUGGUUGUUUAUGAGAUUUUUAUUCACU